CCCAACUCCCUGCGUAGAAGUACAUGGUGUCAUCUCGCCACUCGCCUCUGUCCUCUCUCGGUCUCCUCUCUGCGGCUCCGUCAGCUUCACGGACCACGAUUUUGAGGAUUUGGGCAGAUUGCAGAUUUGUGGAGAAAGAUUGAAUCUUUGAUUUGUGGAGAAGCCCAUAUGUGGGGAAAGAUUGAAUCUUUGGGUUGUUUGGAACUGAAAGUCUAGAGGUUGGGUCUACAAACAAUGUCUUUGGGGUUCCAAGCUACUGCGCUGGUGGCUUCGCCAUCCUGCGGCAAUGCUAUUGCCUGGUCGGACGAGAAUUUGUUGGCAGUGGCUUCUGGUCACCUUGUUUCCAUCCUGAACCCAGCUAAGCUUUUUGGAGCUCGAGGUCUUAUUACAAUCCCUGCCAGCAAGCCUUUUCAUCUUGGGUUGAUUGGCAAAAAAGACUUGCUUUCUGGCUGUUUAUUACCUACUUGUGUAUCACGGGACAUUCGCCCUUGUGUUAGGUCAAUUUCUUGGUCUCCUAUUGGAUUUGCUCCAAAUGCAAGUUGUUUGCUUGCAAUAUGCACCAACGAGGGGCGUGUAAAGGUUUACCGCAUGCCUUUCCGGGAGUUUAGAGUUGAGUGGGUAGAGGUAAUGGAUAUAUCUGAGAUGCUAUACGAUUAUCUUGAAAAAGCCAAUUUCGAGGUGUCAAGCAUAUCUUCAAAUGUUCCAGAUACAACUGAAGCUGACAAUGACCCAGAUGACGAUGUGCCAAUAUCUCAGUUCAUGAAAGCAAAUAAGAAACGGAAACUGAAAGCCUUGACUGUGGUAGAAAAAGAUUCAAAUCAUGUUCCGGCAUCUGAGGCAAAACGCUCCAAGGCAGCAUCACGAAAUUCUGGUCCUCCAUUAAUCACUGCUGAAGAAUAUGCAUCUCGUAAUGCAAUGCUAUCUUUGCUCACUGUUGCUUGGUCACCCUAUCUACAAUCGGCUUGUGGGGCCCGUAUACCUUCGACAGAUGGCUGUACAGUGCUUGCGGUUGGAGGGAAGUCUGGUAGACUAUCAUUCUGGAGAUUCCGUAAACCACAAUGCUACUCCACGCAGAGUGGUACAGAUUCAAAUUCGGCAUCGCUUUUGGGUUUCCUUCAAGCUCAUGACACUUGGGUUACGGCAAUAACUUGGACAUUACAAGUUUCUGACGCUUCAAAUCCUCGAGUUUUGCUUUGCACGGGGAGUUCUGAUGGGAGUGUGAAGAUUUGGCGGGCGUGUAAUAGAGAACUUCAGGAUUCUUCCGACAUUAGUCAUGAUUCUUUCUCUCUUUUAAAAGAGGUUACAGUCAUCGAUUAUGCACCGGUCUCUGUGCUUUCAGUCAUUGUGCCUUUAGAUUCACCAAGAAAAACGUGUUUAGCUAUCGGGAAAGGAUCGGGAUCGAUUGAUGUGUGGGUUUGUGAGACACCUAACAGCACAUUUGAGAAAGCUGGCUCAUACCACGGGCAUAAUCACAUCGUCACGGGUUUAGCCUGGGCUUUUGAUGGUCGUUGUCUUUACAGCUGCAGCCAGGACAACUCCCUUUGCAGCUGGAUAUUUAUGGAAAAUUCCCUACGACAAGUUCCUUUUCCAUCAAAUACUCCCGUAGUGAAGAACCCUGCUGAUGUGCCAAAUGCUUUUGAUUCGUGUUUUGGUCUUGCGGUAUCUCCUGGAAAUCUCGUCCUUGCUGUGGUUCAUGGCUAUGAUGUUGAACAACUAAAUCCAAUGUACGAGGCAAGGGCUUGUAAAGCUGCAGUAGCAUUCCUAUGGAUUGGGGGGCAGCAUCUAGAUACUUUCCCCGAUUUACUUCCAGAUUGCAAUGUAGAAUCUUUCCCCGGUUUCUCCGAGCAAGAAAUGAUCAGUUGGGAAAAUAAUAUAAUAUGGUCGCUACGCCAAUGUGAGCAUCUAGAAAAGGCGGUAGUUGUGUGGGAUGUUAUAGCAGCACUCUCGGCCUUCAAUCAGUCCGUUCCUAAAUAUGUAGAACGUGUACUGUUAAAAUGGUUGGCGUCUAUAUUUAGAUCCCAAUCCGGGAUUUCUACGAUCUUAUCCGAGGCCUCCAGACAUCUCCCGAGGAUUGCAUCCCGAGUGUUGCAACUCCUCAACAUCAUUACCAAUCAGGUAGCGUUGAAGAAGCCGGAGGCAGAUAAAACGAUCAGCGAACAGUGUGACUUGAGAAGUUCCAACGAAGCUGAAGAGGAACAAAUGACGUUGUGGAUGCAAUUGCAAUCGAACAUUGAAAAGGAAUUAAGGGAACGGCUCGUUGGGUUAAGCCUGUCUGUUAUUUUGAGUCUCGUAUCUAAUUCUAAUGAGAAUAAUGGUCACGAGGAGUUUGGAUGUUGGACUCCUAUUGGAUCAGCGCAGAUGGAGAAAUGGGUCAAUCUUAAUAGAGCAGAUGUGAACGAGCAUCUAAAACUCCUCGCAGAAAAAGUUGGAAAAACCAAGAAAAGAAAACUUCGCUCCAUUUGCGAAUACAAAACGGAAGAGGAAUGCAACUUCUGCUCGGCUUUAGUUCCAUUAGACUCUCCAGAAAACGCGUUUUGUCGAGGAGAGAAGACCGAUGCUGGAACCGGACCGAGUCAUAAGCUGUUGCGCUGUGCUGUUUCCAUGCGGGUAUGCCUCCCGACUCCUUCAUGGCAUUGCGUGUGUUGUAAGAGAUCGGCCUCACAACUCGUGCCAUCGGCCCUCUUUGCACUGCCAGAAUAUCCUUCUGAUUUCGAGUCUUUUGUCGGGCGUUGCGCACACGAAAAACCAGUGAAACCUUUGUGUCCUUUUUGUGGGAUUCUUGUGCAGAGACUGCAACCGGAAUUUCUAUUGUCUCCAUCUCCGGUGUAGAUUGUAUCUUAUGUAGAACUUAAACGCUAACUUCGAGUUAGGCUAAUUUCAGAUCUUGUAUGUAACAUUAGCUUUUUACUAUCAUUUCCAAA